AUGUCGUUAAAUACCCAACGCUAUCCCACUCCCCCCAGAUCCAUCCCCAAAUCCACCGCCAAAUCCACCACCCCCCGUCUACGCUCCGCCUGCGACUCCUGCCACCAAGCGAAGACGAAAUGCUCCGGCACCAGCCCCUGUCUGAGCUGCCAGAUGUCAGCGACGCCCUGCACCUACAGCCCCUGCAACCAACCCGGUCGACCAAAGGGGAGCAAGAACAAACGCAGCGUGAUCGACGUGAAAGAACACAAGGGCGAUCCAUUCGAGACGCCGUCGCUGGGUCUGCGUCCACCCCAGUCCCUCUGGCAGGAAUCCAUCGACUUCAACCUCGCCCCGCUAGUGCUGGAGAACCCGCUGGUGGAGGAGCUGCGGAAUCCGCCCGCGCCGGAGGAGGAUCAUGAGAACGACUUCAACUUCGUGCAGCCGCCGUUUCAGGCCCCGCCCUCUUCGACGAUGGGGGACGGGUCGAAUUCCAACCUCUCCCCCUGCGACAGCCCCGGGUAUGCCACUCCCAGUGCGAGCGUGCCGAACGACGAUCCCCCGACGGACGGGGAUCGGGGCGGGUCCUGCUCGUGUCUGCAGCGGCAUGUAUAUCUAGUCUACCAGCUAGGGGAUCUGCAGUCCGCGUCGGUGGGCAAGGUCAGCGCGCCCGCGGUGCUGGAGGCGGUGCGGAGAGCGCAGAGCCCGUGGACGCGGCUCCAGGAGUGCAGGCGAUGUCGGGGGCCGGAUUUUCCGCAGGAGGUGCUGCUGCUGUUUGCCGUUAGCAUUCGCAUUCUGCUCUCGGCGUUCCGGCAGAUGAACAUGUGGGAUCCGGAGGGAGGGCAGAGUAUCGGGACUGAGGGUUCGGUGCUGGAGGCUGAGACGGACGUGCUGGUCGGCAGCUUUGAAGUCACGGGCACCGUCAAGGCUGAGAUGGUCAAUCUGAUCCUGCGCAACGCCCUCGAGCAGGUCCUCUCGGCGCUGAUGUAUCUGCAAUCUCGAUCGAGUUCGCUGUGGGCGUCGCUGCUCGAAACGACCUCUCGAGCUGAGCGGCCUUCAUCGGGUCAUGCGUCGCCCAGUCGCAGUCUAGGGCUCGAUGAGACAAGCAAUAGUCUGCUAAAGGGCAGGCAAACAUUACAGGAGUCAGGACCGGGGAGCAAGCGAGCGCGCGUCUAG